AUUCUAAGGUGUAGAAAACUCAGAAUUGUAUACACGUUUAACAGGAACUGAGGAGGAAUUAACCCAAAAUGUCUGAAAAAUUCGUCAAGUUGCGGAAUCCCCACCUGGAAACCAUGCCAAUGGAUUAUUUGUACCACCUGGAUAUCAAUGUGGGAAAUACUCGGGACACCAGUGAGCUGCAGCACAGGUUUGGCGAUGUCAAGGUCAUCUGCGUGGGUGGAACGGGAUCCAGAAUGCGGCAGUUAGCCCUGUACCUACGAGAUGUCUUAAGCGUCCAAGAGUCCGGCGAUCCGGUGGACUUGUGCGAGCGUGGCCAGCGAUAUGCCAUGUACAAGGUGGGUCCGGUGCUGUGCGUGAGCCACGGCGUUGGAUCCUCCACCUUCAGUGUCGUGCUCCACGAGCUGCUCAAGCUGGUCAAGUACGCGCGGUGCCAGGAGCCCGUCAUAAUCCGGAUCGGCACCUGCGGUGGACUCGGUGUGCCUCCCGGCACAGUGGUGGUCACCAAAAAUGCCUUCAAUGGCCUGCUUCGCAACGAGCAUGAGAUCGCUAUUCUCGGAAAACGUGUGGUGCGACCGGCCGUGUUUUCCGAGGACGUGAUCAGGGAUGUAAUUGCAUUCGGUGUCGAUGCCAACGACGGAUUUCAGACCAUAAGUGCCAACACAAUGGGAACAGAUUGCUUCUACGAAGGUCAGGGACGCACCGACGGAGCCAUUUGCGAGUACACGGAGAAGGACAAGAUGGAGUUCCUGCAGAAGUGCCACGACCUGGGAAUCCGGAACAUCGAGAUGGAGGCCAGCAUGUUCGCAUCCGUAACACAAAAAGUGGGGGUCAUGGCUGGCGAUGUCUGCGUGACCCUGAUCGAUCGUCUCAAGGGGGAUCAGGUUACCAUAACAAUGGACCAGAAGCACGAGUUCGAGCAGCGUCCUUUUUUGGUGGUGGGUCGCUAUAUCAAGAAGCUACUUCAGCAGUGAGAUUUAUAUGUACAUCUUAUUUGAUGCGGCUUAUAUUGGUUUACAAUAAAACUGCACUUACGCUGUGCCAUUCCAGCUAA